UACUCUGUCCACAGCUCACAGGGCAGCGUGACACGUGACGUCCUCUGUGAGGUCACAGAGUACAUACGACCCGAUCUUUGACUUGAAUGUCAAAUAAACGACACUCGCCGUCUCAAUCUACCAUGUUUGACCACGGGAAGUACCAGGAGACCUGGCCAUAUGCUGCUGAGAUUGAGGCCCCAUCCCCAAUGGAAGAGUUGAUGCUACAUCACAGCAAGAACAUGACCUACUUUAAAAGAUGUCGCACACAAGCAAUGGUCCUGUAUAGGCGGUUGAUGGAGAUACGAACUCGGUACCAGCAUGCCCGAGACAACCGGAUGUGGCAAUGGGUGUAUACACACUACCUGCGCAUGCUCAUAGUGGAAGGUCUCAUCGUGGCGUUCCACACUCUGGCCGCUAAAACCUUUGACAGACUCCUGGACCUGGAAGUGAGGAUGGGGUGGGAGGAGGAGUCUGAAAUGGACAUUGAUUCUGGAGACGACUUGAACGAAGAUUGGGUGCAGCUGUAGAUCGAGAGGCCCUCUUGCGUUACCUCUCUUCGCUUACCUCCCUUUGGUUGCUCAACUAUUUAUUCCUGAGACGCUCAACCUGACGUCCAGUAACUCUGACUUGAAAAUAAACAUAAAUGUACAGUUGUUUAACGAGGAUUAUCUCCGAAGAGAAAUCUUAUCGUAGAUGUCUGAAACAGGACACGACUUUCGCCGGAAGCAAAUCUGAAGAGGGUCAAUACCAGAUUGGACUCGAUGGUGUUGACGUCACGGGUGAUUAUUCUACAGUUCUGAAUAUGCUCUUCAAAACCCCCUGCGAUAUGUCAACUGGGCCUAUGGUACCUUACACGAAAUGAGCUAGAAUUACGUGUGUAAAGUUUGUUCUGGGAUGAGGAAUUGUAAGAUGAACCUGAAUUCGACGCCCGCACUGUAUAUCUGGCGCCAUGUAGGACACGUUGAACCAGCAUCAUAUUCGGUGGAUUCUGGUGGUUUGGAUCAACAGUUGGUGUCCUUUUGUUGCCAUAGUUGUUUAAAAAACUAAUGAAACUUUUUGUUUCCUAUGAUCUGAUUGUGGACAUGUUCUGAACUAUGACAAGUGGGUAUAAGUCCAUAGAGACACAGCCGUUUUGGGCCAGUAGUGUCGCUUUGACCACUCCAAUGGACAUUUGGCAGACGAUGUGCCUCAGCUGGCGCAAGGCACGGCCACGCUGCUCGCCUAUACGAUGAUAUAGACGUUCAUGACGUUACCGAAGAUGUAGUGCUACUACUCUUACGGCGUUGUCUGACUUUAAUAACCCCCGUCAGAUAAUUCAGGAGAUAUAAAGCGAAUGUGCAUUUAUAUCAACGAACUUUAUAAUUAUAUUGUUUUCACUGUUUGAGUAUUGUCCUAAUCAAAAUGAAGUGCUGGCAUUUGUCAAGUUGUGGUGUACAGUCGGAAAUACAGAGUGCAAUGUA